GAAAAUUUUGCUCUUUCGGCUCACUUUUUGGUGGAGUUGGUUCGGAAGACACUGCGCGGAACUAUGGCGAUGGAUUUUAACUCGCUGGGUAGCCAUAUCCGAAUUGAAUUUCCCGCUGAAAACCAGUGGAUUUCUCAACAACCAUAUUCAAGUAGACAGAGAUUGCAGGUAAAGUCAACGUUGCUGACUUAUCCAUUUAGCGCAUUGGUCUUCGAUAUUUAUAUAUUAAAACUCAAAAGAAGCUUUGAGAAAUUGAUAUGAUGGAGAUGGUACCUCUUUUAUUCGUAUGAGUUGAAGAAAACAUGUCGAAAUCUCGACGAAGGGGAUGAGGCAGAAUUAGUAGUUUAUCAUUUCUGGAGAGAGACAGCGGAAUUUGAAAAUGGGUUUACUUCGAGAAGCUUGAAUAAACAAAGUCCAACACGAAGAGAGAGAAAGAGGGUUUCUCCUAGAGAGAGAAGGGUAUGAAAGUUUGAAUUCAGUCAUGGGCACCAUGUUGAUAACUCCAAUUUCUCAUGCUUUCACAUAAUUUUCUUUGGUCUUUUAGCUUGAAACCCUGACAUCCCUUUUUAUGCCCUGGCUUUCCUGAGCUUAUCUCUUGGGAUGGACUGAAGAAAAUCCCUUUCUCUCUCUUUGUCUCUCUCUCUCUCUCUCUCUCUCUCUCUCGUCUUUUUGGUGAUAUGGAGCGUUUUAUUGGUGUCAUCUUCCUCCUCUGGGGCCUGCUUCUGCUUGUUCAUCCUACAGUUUCACUUCCCUUAUGCUCUGAUUCAACGGCCCCUUUUACUCUGAACUCUACAUUGAAGUUUUGUACUUACAACGGGAGUGUUUGCUGCAACUCUACACAAGAUGCCCUUUUACAGAGACAAUUCCAAGGGAUGAACAUUUCUGAUCCUGCCUGUGCUUCCCUUAUCAAAUCAAUUGUCUGUGCGAGGUGUGAUCCAUUUUCUGGUGAUCUAUAUAAAGUUGGUUCCACAUCUAGGCCAGUUCCUCUUCUCUGCAACUCCACUACAGAAAAGUCACCACAAUCUGACCAAGCAGCAACCAACUUCUGCGCUACGGUGUGGGAUACGUGCCAAAAUGUAACCAUAGUCGACUCCCCCUUUGCCCCAUCGUUACAGGGUCGUGCUGGAGCACCUACUAACUCCAGUACUGGCAAACUCUCAGAUCUCUGGCAGUCAAAAACUGACUUUUGCAAUGCAUUUGGCGGAGCCUCCACUGAAGAAUCAGUCUGUUUUGUCGGUGAACCUGUUUCCCUUAACAAAACUGAAAUUUUAAGCCCUCCUAAUGGCUUAUGUCUUGAAAAAAUUGGGAAUGGAUCUUUCCUGAAUAUGGUACCCCAUCCUGAUGGAUCCAACCGUGCAUUCUUCUCCAGCCAAGCGGGCAAGAUUUGGUUAGCAACUAUUCCCGAGAAGGGGUCGGGAGGAGUAUUGGGGCUCGAUGAAUCUAAACCAUUUGUAGAUUUAACUGAUGAAGUUAACUUUGAUACUCAAUUUGGCAUGAUGGGCCUUGCAUUUCAUCCAAACUUUGCACAAAAUGGAAGAUUCUUUGCUUCUUUCAAUUGUGACAAGGUUAAGUGGCCAGGGUGCUCUGGAAGAUGUUCUUGUAAUUCUGAUGUUAACUGUGAUCCUUCAAAACUACCAUCUGACAGCGGAUCCCAGCCGUGCCAGCAUCAAAGUGUUGUUGCAGAGUACACUGUUAAUGGGAGUGCAUCCCAGCCUUCAUUGGCAACAACUGCAAAGCCAUCAGAAGUGAGAAGAAUUAUUACAAUUGGUCUUCCGUUUACCAGUCAUCAUGGAGGACAGAUACUCUUCGGUGCAGAUGGUUAUCUCUACUUUAUGAUGGGAGACGGCGGUGGUCAAGGUGAUCCUUACAAUUUUUCCCAGAACAAGAAGUCAUUGCUUGGAAAGAUUAUGAGGCUUGAUAUCAAUAACUUACCAAGUCCAGAAGAAAUCAGUAAACUUGAUCUAUGGGGAAACUAUUCUAUUCCGAAAGACAACCCAUUUGUUGAAGAUCAAGCAGCGCAGCCGGAGAUAUGGGCUUACGGAUUGAGAAAUCCUUGGCGCUGCAGUUUCGAUUCAGAAAGACCUUCCUACUUCAUGUGUGGAGAUACUGGAGAGGAUCGAUACGAAGAGGUGGACAUAAUCACAAAGGGCGGAAACUACGGAUGGCGUGUUUAUGAGGGUCCUCUUUUAUUUGUCCCAAAUGCAGCACCCGGAGGAUCUACACCCGUAGAUUCCAUAACUCCAAUCUUCCCAGUGAUGGGCUACAACCAUUCCUCAAUGAACAAGAAUGUAGGUUCUGCAUCAAUAACAGGGGGUUAUUUCUAUCGGUCGAAGACCGACCCAUGUAUGUAUGGGAGGUACUUGUAUGGAGAUUUGUAUGCUUCUGCUAUUUGGGCAGGAACUGAAAAUCCAGAAAACAGUGGAAACUUUACCUCAAAUGAGAUUCCUUUCAGUUGUGCAUCUGAUUCUCCUAUUCCUUGUAGUCCCACUCCAGGAAGCCCUCUCCCAGCCUUGGGUUACCUCUUCUCAUUUGGUGAGGACAAUAACAAGGACAUUUACCUUCUAACCAGCAGUGGAGUUUACCGGGUCGUCCCGCCUAGUCGUUGUAAAUACACUUGCUCGUUGGAGAAUGUAACAACAACGGUGGGAAGCUCCAGCCCGACACCGUCCCCUCCGUCUCAUGCAGGUCGGUUGACAAACUCAUGGAGCAGCCUAGUGCUCCUACUCUCUUGUGUGAUUUUGCUGCUUGUGACUUGUGAUUGAUUUGGUAAGGAAGGACAGUGUUAGUUUAAAUGCCAUUUACUGAUGCAAAGAACUCUGCUUUUUUGUUCCCCUGGUUUGGGUUUAUAACAAUAUUAUUUUUAUAUAUGGUUAUGUACCUGGAAUUCAAAUUUGAAGCCUCCUUCGAGGGAUCAGCAGCCAUCCACAUCAUAAGUAUACUAUUCUGUGUUGGCUUAGAACUAGUUUUUAACUUUGUCAUAUGAAUUAUUCAAUCUGUAUUCAAUGAUGUUAUGAAUCUUGCACAAUAAAA